CGAAGGAGAACGCACUUAAUAAUAAAGUAAAGCGUUUUCGGGCGCACAUUGACUGUGUACUUUCUGCAUAUCCAGCUAUAUAGCUACCUUACUUUCAAGUGAAAGAUGUUUCAUUUGCACGUAUUCUUGUUUCUUAUUUUCACAAGUUGGGAAUUUUCUCAAGUCAAGGGAAAUGCAGAAGAAGGCAUUGAAUACAUCUUCUUCUCAAACGCCACUCAUAUUUCCUACAUGUCCGUUAAUGGUGGAGAUUCUGUUGCGUUUGUACCUGCCGACAGUGCCACGUUAGAUUAUGACGAACUGAAUUAUCGGAUUUGGUAUAUGGAAGAUGUUAAUCUGUAUAACGCUAAGUUGGAUGGAAGUGACCUGCGAAGUUUACUGAGCGUGCGAGCUUUUAACAAAUUAUUCGCCGUUGACGCAGCCAAUCAAACUAUCUACUACCUGAAAGAAGGUUUAGGAUUUAAAUCAAUCGACUACAAUGGCAGUAGUUUACCAGAUAUUGGGGUAAAUGGCGAUAAUUACAAGGACAUUAAAAUUGAUACUUACGAUAGAUCAAUAUUUCUCACCACUGAUAAUACGGACAAUCGAAAUCUUAUCCGGUACAGUCUUGCUGAUGGAAGUGAUCAAACUCUUCACUCUGGUGUCAAUGAAAUAGGCACUCACCUUGCCCUUGAUACCGUGAAUAAAACCGUGUAUUGGAUUCUUUUUACAACUGACACAAAUUACAAGAUAUUAAAAACAACGUACGAUGGUAAUACCUCACAGAUAGGAACAGAUCAAUCAGGAGGCAUUAAAACUGUGGACAUUGCAGAUGGGAAUGGGUAUUAUUAUAUCCUCGAUACAACAACAUCACAAAUUGAUAAAUAUGAUAAAUCGACAGAUACAGUGGCUGCUACGAUUUCACUUUCAACUAAAGCAACACGAAUAAUUAUUGUUGAGGCUGCUUUGCCAGGACCCAAUAAAACAGAUAAUGAUAAUUGUUUUUUAAAAAAUAUCUGUCCUGCAAACUCGACGUGUACAAACUCUUCUGGUUCUUUCGUCUGUUCAUGUGAUACAGGAUUCACUGGGAAUAAAACAGUUUGUCAAGAUGUGAACGAGUGUGCAGAAGAUUCAUGUGGUUCCAAUUCAAACUGCGAAAACACUAUCGGUUCGUAUCUCUGUCAAUGCCAAACUGGUUUCGCAAGAAAUGGUAAAGACUGCGCAGAUGUCAAUGAAUGUGAGAGUCAUCCUUGUGAUAUGAAUGCAAACUGUUCGAAUAGCGUUGGGUCGUUUACAUGCACUUGCAAUAAAGGCUUUAAAGGCAACGGCACCAACUGUACAGAUCAUGGAUCUAGUAAUAAAGGAGAAACAAACAAAGAGGGAAGAAACUUUACCUUAACAAUGAUCGUUGUCUUGACUAUCACUAUCAUGUUUUAGGCGGGACAAACAGUCUCAUCCCUGUUGUUUAGUUUGCAAGACGAGAGCGUUAAAAUUUUCUGUGACGUCAUUCCGUGGGUCUGUCAUCUUUUUGAUCAUGGCUCUCGAGCAAAGAAAUUGCUUGAAUUGUUAAUGUUAUUAUAUAAUUUUCACUGUAUUAUACACGAUCUGAAUAUCCUAAAAAAUUGAGAAAAGAUCUCAUUGCAAGGCAUUUACGUUAUAAAUACAACUGUAGCUACGACACCAAUCAAUGGCACACUGUCGAGAUAUGUUUGUAAUGAAUUUAAUUAAAUUAUGUGUUCUCGUCAAU